CUUAACCUCAAAUAAAAAUUGUCACUGAUUCUGUCAUACUCAAAUUAAAAAUAAAUGAUUAAUUAUCUAAAUGUUAUCAUCAAAGAAUAUAAAAAGUACAAUUGAAGUUAAUAAUAAAUAUUUUUUAAGUACAAACAAUAGUCGUAAUAAAAAAACAAUAAAAAUGAGUGCACACACUUCUCGUGAUGCAUUUUUUAAAUUUGCAUUUAUUUAAUAAUUAUAAUUUAUUUCUUUUUACACAUUUAUAUAUAUAAAUUUUUUGUUUUAAACAAUAAAAAAAAUAAUUGACAUUAAUGUAAGUAUGCUAAUAACUUGUGGAAGUAUAGUACGUCUUCUUCGUCGUAGGAUAGUACUUGCUUUAAUUUUUGGUCUUUCAUUAACUUACUGUGCAAUAUCAUUAUUAUCUCAUGAUAAAAUGGGAGUAUCAAAAGUACAAUUUGAUGAUGAUGAUAAUAUGAUUGUUGACAAUGAUGAUGUUCCACUUGAUGAUGAUUUAGAUGAUGAUACAUCAGGUAAAAAUAUUCCAUGGCCACUUAUUGUUGCUUCUGAUGACGGUAUUAUUGAUUCUAAUAAUCAACCACUCGUUAAUACCAAUGAUACUGAUAAUGUUACAAAAAAUUGCCGUAAUUCUGUUCAGGGUAAAUCAUUGAUAGUCGAUGAACGUGGGUUUGUUUGUAAACGACAAGAACUUUUAUCAACAGGCUGUUGUAAAAAUGAUCAAGAAAAAAUAUCCGACAAUGGUAAUAAAUCAUUAAUUAAACGUGAACGUUACAGCUGUGAAACUUGUAAUCCUCAAGGAUGCUGCGCUGUUUAUGAAUAUUGUGUUUCAUGUUGUUUACAUCCAGCAAAAAGAAGAACAAAAAAAGAUUAUCAUGGUUUAUCUGGGCGUCAUGAUGUGCAGAAGACACGUAAAAUAGAGGACGUUGUUAAAUUACGUUUACGAAAUCUUGAUCGUUUUCAAAUAUGUUUAGCUGUAUGUCGUACAUCAAGUGCUAGUGUAAGACACGAAAACACAUACAAAGAUCCAGAUUCAAAACAUUGUUAUAUAACAAUAUUACCAAGCAAUAGUGUUAAUAAUCAAAAUAAUGAACGUCAUUUGAUAUCAAUUACUCAUAAUAACAAUAAUAACGACGACAAGGACGUCAUUACAUCUUUUUCUACACUUUCAUUAUUUAUCCUAUAAUUAUCUUUAUCCUCUUGAUGAUUACAGUGUUCCCUCUCUAUAAUUCCCCUCGCUAUGUUUCUAUUUACCCUCAUUUUGAGGGGAAUGUGUUCCCCUACUCUCACUAAAUUAUAUAUAAGAUAUAUUUGUGUACGUUCAGAAUGACUGCGCGCGCAUUUCUCUGUUUAGUACUCUUAAGAAAAAGUGGGGUCCCUCUUUAAGAAGGAAUUCUUAGAAUUUUAGCCCCGAGUUGGGAAUUAUAGAGAGGGAGCACUGUACCCACCAUUUAACAUAAAUAAUCCUUGAUGAUGCAAGUAGCAGACAUUAAAAAUUUUAUUUUUUUUUAAACGAAAAAAUUUAGGUAGUUCACUCGCAAAUUGGCUUUUGACGAGAAUUUUAUGUAAUUGAAGUAUGAUAUCAAAGUAGAUGUCCUGCAUGUAAUUUUACCUACCUUAAAUACUGAUAGAAAAAAGUUAUUAAAAAUGUAUCCGAAGAACUUUUUGUAAUGUUUUUUUUUUUUUUUAUAAAUUUAUUAUAAUUACAAAUGACUCGUUCAUGAAAGUUUUAAAAUUAUUGAAUGUUUGCUACUUUCAGCAUCAUAACAAUCCCUAAUGAAUAUUUUAAAUCGUCUUAAGUUGGCCGAAUUUGAGUUAAGGAAUAAAAUUUUAAUUUACUUAAAUUAACAAGUUUUAAACUCAAAUAAGAGCUUAUAAAUGUGUGAAGAAAUCUAAAAUAAAACUAUUGUCGAAUCAGUUUGAU